AUGACAAUACACAAGCAUCUACGACAAAGCCAUCGGAAAGAUCAUCCGUAUCGAGCUCCAGAAGAUGAAGAAGAGCUUGCUCACAUUCAUAUGACUCUUCGUUUUGCACUUAUCGUUUUUGGGAUGGUUCCAUUUUCAUUGUUUUUAAUUGGAUUAUGGGUUGCUGCUCAUCCACAUCAUACCAAAUAUGAUAAUCAACCAAAUAUGACUCAAUACAUUAGAUCCAACUUUCAGUGGAAUGAAACAGGAAACGGACAAAUAUGGAUUCCUUGGAAAAAUAACACAAAAUGGAAUCUUGGUUCAUGGUGGGUCAAUUUGUAUGUGAACAAUCAGAGUUCCUACAUAUUUGGUAUGAAUGAUCACAAUUUCUGUAAUCCUCGUAAGGUACCACUUAUAAAUGGAUGGACAACAUCCAUAUAUCGCUCCACACAAUUAUUCGCUAGCGUCCAGACAUCCUUACGAUACGGUAUCUUGUUUGUUUUUCUUCCUUUUGUGUUCAACUCCUUUAUUCUCGCCAAAUCACUUGUAAUUGAAAACCGCACAUGGUCUUCAGUAGUGAUAGGAAGUUUAUAUUUUUGCAACGAAGUUAUUUUAUACAUUGCCUAUUUCGCAGUCCUCACACUUCAUGUAUCAAUGGAAAUGGAAUAUAUCCCAUAUAGCAGUAUUUACUUUACAAUUGCAAUGAUUUUAUCGAUGAUGAAACUUUUGCUAAGAAAUUUCACAGAGCAAAUCGGGUUGUCAACGAUAAUAAGAACGUUUGGAUUAUUUAUUCUGAUUAUUGCACAUAUUCCUUUGACAUCGAAUGUUCAAGAUUUUAUAGAAAAUGUUCAGUGUGACACCUUUGUUUCACCAACAAUCUGUAUGUUGGAGCUUUCAUGUCUUCUCGUACUGUUCUUCAAUAAUCUAUACGAUGUUCAACAGUCCAACAUAGUACAUCUGGUUGUUUCGCAAACUAUCGACGAUGAAAACAUCCAGAAAAUGGCCAAAAAAUCGGUUUUCCGUCGUGUAAAACCAUCAAAUUAA